UCAGUAUUAUACUCCCAAAACACAACACAUGGAAAUUAUUGCCAACAAAUCCUCCCCUUUUAUCUCUCUCAUUCUCAUAUGCCCAUCCCUCCCUCAGUCUCCACCAACUCCUCCAUGGAAGACCAUUCACCUUCACCUUCAACUUCUCCACCACCACCACCACCACCACCAUCUCCUCCAUCUCCAUCCACCACACCACCACCACCACAACCUGCUCUUUACAGGCUAACAGCUUCUUCCAUUUCGUACAAAAAGUCGAACACUUUCAUCACAAAAACCCUCCAUCAAUUCCUAGCCUUUAAACCAUGCACAAAACUAUCCCCUCCCACCUACAUCCUCCGCGACAUCUCCCUCGUCGCCUACCCGUCCCAAAUCCUUGCGAUAGUCGGCCCAAGCGGGGCUGGGAAGUCUACCCUCCUUGACAUUUUGGCGGCUCGAGUGACGCCCACCCGCGGAACUCUCCUCCUCAACUCUUCUCCCAUCAACCCUUCGACAUUCCGCAGACUCUCAGCCUACGUCCCCCAGCACGACGCAUGCCUCCCUCUACUCACCGUCUCUGAGACAUUCGUCUUCGCCGCCCGCCUGCUCAUCCCUGACAAGUCACAGCUCCUAACGGUCGUGGCCUCUCUCCUGACAGAGCUAGGGCUGAGCCACCUGGCUGAUACCCGGCUAGGGAAUGCCCUAUCGGGAGGUGAGCGGCGGCGUGUCUCGAUCGGGCUCAGCCUCCUCCACGAUCCGGCAGUGCUCCUCCUUGAUGAGCCGACUUCCGGGCUGGAUAGCACAUCGGCGUUCAAUGUCAUGCAGAUCCUCAAGAAGAUCGCCGUCACACGUCACCGGACUGUGAUCUUGUCGAUCCACCAGCCGAGCUUCAAGAUCCUCUCCACCAUUGACAGAAUUCUGUUGCUCUCAAAAGGGUCGGUGGUCCACCAUGGAACGCUCUGCGACCUCCAAAGCUUCUUGCUCUCCAAUGGCUUCACCGUGCCGCCUCAGCUUAAUGCCCUCGAGUACACCAUGGAAAUACUGAACCGGCUCCAAGAGAACAACAAACCCGAGACGCUCUCACAGUCUCCACCGUCACUUCCUCCAUCACCAGCUCAUUGCUCCGAGACUAAUACUGCUUCAGAUCAUCAUCACAAAGUCUCAAAGAUCAGAUACAAGAGCUCGAGGCUCGACGAAAUCUUGACACUCUACAACAGGUCGUGGAAGAUCAUCUACAGGACGAGACAGCUCCUCCUGAUCAACACCAUAGAAGCCCUCCUCGUUGGGCUUGUCCUCGGCACUAUCUACAUCAACAUAGGGUUCAACAAGGAAGGCAUCGAAAAGAGGUUUGGUCUCUUCGCCUUCACUCUCACUUUCCUCCUCUCCUCCACGACCGAAGCCUUACCCGUCUUCAUCAACGAAAGGCCCAUCCUCUUGCGAGAAACGUCGAGUGGAGUCUAUCGACUCUCGUCCUACUUGAUAGCGAACACGUUCGUCUUCUUGCCCUACUUGCUUGCCGUGGCUAUUAUAUACUCGGCCUCGAUGUACUUUCUUGUGGGCCUUUGCGCCUCGUGGCAAGCCUUCGCCUACUUUGUCCUGGUCAUCUGGAUUAUUAUCCUGAUGGCGAACUCUUUCGUCUUGUUCUUGAGCUCCAUUGCGCCAAACUACAUUGCGGGGACGUCUUUAGUGACGGCAUUACUUGGGGCCUUCUUCCUCUUCUCGGGCUACUUCAUUUCGAAGCAGAGCAUACCCAAGUACUGGCUGUUCAUGUACUUCUUCUCCAUGUACAAGUAUGCGCUCGACGCGCUGCUCAUCAACGAGUAUUCGUGCCUCUUGUCAAGGUGCUUGAUCUGGUACGACGAGAACAAGACGUGCAUGGUGAGUGGGAGAGACGUGUUGCAGAAGCGAGGGCUUCACGAGGGCGAGAUGUGGACAAACAUUUACAUUCUGAUCGGGUUCUUCAUGUUCUACCGCGUGCUUUGGUUGCUGGUUCUGAUGCGAAGGGUUUCGAGAUCAAAGAAGUGAAAUUUGCAACUAUAUUUUACUCAUCAUAAUCUAUAUUCUUCAAGAAAAAAUAAGACACUGCCUUCUUCUUUUCUGUUUCUUA